UGACGGGUGAAACUGCAGGAGCUGGGGACUCCUCUGGAGCUGGACGGCAGUGCCGCUUUGAACUGCUCUGUUCCGCGCCACUGCGCUUGCGCUGAAACCGACCCUACCCCCGGCAUCCCCCGCGGCCUUCACAUGCGUCUUGCUGCCGCUGCUCCCGGUGAGGCUCUUCCCGAGCGGGCUAACGGCGAUGCCCCUCCGCAGGCCGUCCUGGAGCCGGCUGGGUGUGAGGUGCCAGUGACCUUCAGAGACGUGGCUGUGUACUUCUCCAGGGAAGAAUGGGAGUGUCUGAGUCCCAGCCAGAGGCUCCUCUACCACGAUGUAAUGCUGGAGAACUUCAGCAACCUGAGGCAGCUAGGAUGCUGUGUUCAGAAACCGGGCCUUAUUUCUCAUCUGGAACAAUGGGAUGAGCCAUGGGUUGACGAAUGGGACAGAUUUGAGUUCCUGGAAGGACAAAAAAGUGUCUACCCAGGAGGCAGAAAGUCUAUAGGUUGUAAGGUGGCUUCAGCUCCCCAGAGGACCCAUUCACAGACAGGAGCCAAGAGAGGAGCUACCUUGAGGAAGAAUGUCCUAAUGUCCGGUAAGGUGUGUCUUCCCAGAGCUACCUCUGGGAGGAGAAUGAACAAAAAGGAUGCUUUCCAGAACCAGAUGUAUGGAAAGUCCCUCAGGAAGCAGCCAGGCCUCAAGGAGCGGAGCAAGAGUGGUGCAGAGGGACAUCCAUUUAUCUGUGGCAUAUGUGGGAAGGCACUGAGCUGCCAUAGCCGACUGGCUGCCCACCAGACAGUACACACGGGAACCAGGUCUUUCGAGUGCCUGGAGUGUGGCCAGACGUUCCGCUGGGUUUCAAACCUUCUGCGCCACAAGAGAAAUCACACAAGUGAAAAGCCCUUCUGCUGUGAGGUAUGUGGACAGGCCUUCAGCUUGAAGGACCGCCUGGCACAGCAUCGCAAAAUCCACACUGAGCACCGGCCCUAUGUGUGCAGCGACUGUGGGAAGGCCUUCAAACAGAAGUCAAACCUUCUGAGGCACAAGCUUGUUCACACUGGAGAGAAGCCUUUCUACUGUGACAGCUGUGGCAAGGCCUUUCGGACUAAAGAGAACCUCACCCACCACCAGCGGAUUCACAGCGGAGAGAAGCCCUACACCUGUGGUGAGUGCGGAAAGGCCUUCAGGUGGCCCAAGGGCUUCAGCAUCCACCAGAGGCUGCACUUGGCCAAGAGGUUCUAUGAGUGUGAACAGUGUGGAAAAGGUUUCCGCCACCUGGGCUUCUUCACAAGACAUCAGAGAACUCACGGGCGAGGAGAAGUGUAGAGCUGCCUGUGGGCAGCUGGGUCUUCUGUGGGAAAGAACUACAGCGGGUGCUCUCAAGCUGUGGCCACAUACACGGUCUGUGAACCAGCAAUUUUCACUUUUUGCAAGUCUCUAAGGAAGUUCUAACACAGGGAAGGGAUCGGAGUUGGGCUGGCAGAGCCAGCAACAUCUGUUCCUUUGGUGCUCCUUGCCUCUGGCUACUUCAGCUAAGGAAUUUGCCCCUGUCCUGAGUGUCACUUGUAUGCACUUUAAUUCUUUUCUCUCUUAGCACUUCCACCUUGUCUCCUAUCUUGUAGGAGGAAGGUUUAAGGCUUGAGCAGAAGCAAAGCUUACUGUUGGAGCUGACAAGAUAGCCCAGAGGGCAAAGGCCUGCAGAGUCUGAUAAUUGAGUCUGAUUCCCAGGGAUCCACAUUGUGGGAGGAGAGAACCAAGCUGUCCUCUGACUUCCCUCGUUUGUGUG